CACGUAGGUGGCUUUUUUCUUCUUCUGCUUGGUUGCCCGACUGGACACGGAUUGGGAGUGGCUGGUUCGUUGGUUACUACCUAUCGCUGCCUGACGAGUGAGCCACCCACUUACCCCCGUGCCAAAAAGGCAGCAGCGCAAGAAAAAGAAAACCCCGUUUUUCGCCUCUCGAGCACGAAACAAAAACAGCCAGAUAUACACAAAGGAGGCCUUUCCCGGCCAGACUUUUAAACGGAAAUCUGCAUUGAGAGCCAAAGCUCCACCCGCCGCCCUCCGCUCCGUAUUUGCAGCAGGCAGGCACAUCCAUCCAUCCCCCGUGUCUCCCCGCUCUCCCGCUGCGUUGCCUGUCUUUGGUGAGGAGCCUCUCUUUAUUAGUCAUUCAGGCUUUUUUGCUGUCGACUGACAGUGCUAAACCUUGCUCCUCCAUUUUGGCAAAACGGCAACCUUCCUUUGCUACCUGCCUUUCCUUUCCUUCCUCUUCUUUUCCUUCUUUUUCUUCGUCUGCUCUUCUGUUUGCUUCCCAGACGGACAGACAAACCUAUUCGAUCGAUAAAAAGGCCCGCCGUUUGCUCUCAUCUGUUUCUGGCAGAACAGACCGAUUGACCGAGCGCUCGCCGUUUAUUGAUCCCACCUACCCUGCCUGCCUGCUUGCCUGCCUGCUGAGGCAUUCCUGUGUGCGGCACUCGCUCUCCUCAUUUCUGCACUUCCGACUCGUUCUUGGCACUGUCUAGCUGCACCUCGCUAGCUCUUUGGCACUUGGUUACCUAUUCCCCCAUCCAUUUAAGGGCCGGCAGACGCCUCGCAGAAACCCAUUUCCUUGGCUCGACGCAUUCGCUUGCUGCUGAGCUUUACUAGAACCCUCAACCAACCUGUCUGACAUCGACGACCACCUAAAGGAACCGGCACUUUCUGGCCCUGCACCCUCGCCGCAUUGACACCCGCAUACAGUGCACAGUGCAGCCGCCUCCCGCGGUUGCAGCCGUUCUCGGGCCUCCAAACCAACCCCCCAAACGCAGACUACAAAGUACCAAGGCCUCGGUACUCCCCUCCACGCACUCAACCACCACCGCAUCCAAUACAAAGCAUCACUUAGAGCUUCGGCCGGCGCCAUCGCCGCCGCCCGCAGACAUCACCAUCACCAUCACAAUGGCUUCCACCACAAUGGCUUCCACCACGCGGCCCCAGUUCCCUACCACUACCACCCCGACCUACCAGUUCCCAACCGACAAGCUCCGGCUUCGCCAGACUCAGCAUGGCAAGACCCCGCUUGUGCUGGUGGCCUGUGGGUCCUUCUCGGUUUGUUCUUGUGCCUCCUCGGCGGCUCAGCGGCAAGAAGCUCCGCGCGGGAGACGGCCAUGUCCCCGCCCGCCUGCGGGCUAGACACUAUCCAUAGCCUUAUGCUAACCCGUGCUCUGGCAGCCCAUCACCUACCUGCACUUGAGAAUGUUCGAGAUGGCCCGCGACUACUGUGGCAUCAACACCAAUUAUGAGGUCGUUGGUGGCUACAUCAGCCCCGUGUCGGACGCCUACAAGAAGGCUGGUCUGGCGCCCUCCUACCACCGCAUCAACAUGAUUAAGCUGUCUCUACAGUCAAGCUCGUGGAUCAUGGUCGACGAGUUCGAGACCUCGGUCCGCAACCCUGCCACGGGCGAGCCCGAGUACACGCCCACUGCCCAGGUGCUGGCCAAGCUCGAUCACGAGAUCAACACCGUACGAGGUGGCAUCCAGUCAGUUGAAGAUCCCUCCAUCAGAAGGCGCGCCAGGAUCUGCCUGCUCGCCGGCGGCGACCUGAUCCUGACCAUGUCCACCCCUGGACUCUGGGCCCCUGUGGAUCUCGAAGUUAUUCUCGGCCACAACUUCGGCGCCUUCAUUGUCGAGCGCUCUGGCACCGAUACGGAGGAGGCGCUUGCCACGCUGCAAGAGUACCGAGAGAACAUCUGGGUCAUCCCACAGGUCAUUCAGAACGACAUCAGCUCGACCAAGAUUCGGCUAUUCCUUAAGAAGAACCUGAGCAUCAGGUACCUUAUCCCAGACGCCGUCGUACGGUACAUCGAGGAGAACGAUCUGUUCAACGGCGAAGUCUCCUCCAAGAACGAGGAUAGCGCCCCGGCUGCUUCAUCCUCGGUAGCUGGCCCUUCGUCAGCACCAGCCCAGUCAACAACGGCCGACCCUUGAACCCGCCCUUGGCGGUUGGAUCCUGUUGUGUUUCUUUCUCUUCUUCCUUUUUAUUUUUUAUCUUUGCAUUUUUCUGGACAUCUUCUAGCCCGGCAGCGAACUAAGCGGAACCCGGCGGUUGUGGCACGAGCCCGUGUGGCUGCUUAGGGGAAGCUGACCCCAUCUUAAAACUAGAGGGCUGGGCGGGCGCGAUUCCCGGCGUCAUGACACUGUACUUGGAACAUGGUACCCUGUUUUUUUUAUUGGCCAUUGGUUAUUGGCCAUUGGCUUCUACAUAGCGACCCAGAAGCUCGACCGAGCGGCAUUCCGUUUCUUGUUGUUUCUGCUUGCUUUCUUGUUUAUCAGUCUUGUCUGGCCUCUAGGGUGCGAUGCAGAAAUUGGUCUAGCGGCUGACGUCUCGCUUGAUAUCAUUGACAUGGAAUCGAAAAUUUCAUGGCCUGUUGAGGAGCUUUACACUCUGCUGUUCUAGUCGAUGCUGUAUGGGAACUGAGCGCUGUACGUGGUCGAACUGUCGUUAAAUAAUCCCACGUCACACAACAUAAAGGGUCCGGCUUGGCGAGCUGGCGACGCUACACCAAGGAUGUCACUCGACGGCCGCGCCCAGGACCCAACCGUCAUUAGUCCUACAACAACAGGCCAUGACGACAUGUUUCCUGCAGUGUGAAUCCUUUUUUGUUUUGUUUUUUUGGUCUUCACGUCCGGCCGUUCGGAGAAUUCAAACAAGCGGAGGUUAUGGUGACAAGAAACGUAGACGGGCUGCAAUUCAUAAUUAGAAGACAUGGUAGCCCCGAGCUGUAGUCUUACAUGGCGUUACGCCUUUAUAACAUGAACAGCGCAGCCGCAAGAGAAAUAGGCGGACAAAGAUACGGUAGGCACGAGAUGAGGUUUGGCGACGCCGCCAACAGCCAUAGGAGAGGUAAAAACACACACAGA